CUAAUCACUGAGAUUUAAAGGAAAGGUACUUAUCCUUUUUUAAUUUUAAACCUUACGAAUUUGAAUUAUGAUUACGAUCACGACCACCAUCACCAUUACCACCAUCUUCUCCACUCCAUUAAUUUUCGUUUCCUAUAUUUCCUAUUGUCUAUUGCUUAUCGAUAACCAACUACUACGCCUUUUGUUAUUGAUUUUGAUGCACAAACAACACAGCACACCACGCUCUUCUCUACUUUUGAAUGCCACAAAUGAAGUCCCCUGUUCGGGCAUUUUUGGUUGCUGAUUCAAAGAGUAGAAAAUCCUGUCUUUAUGCCAUCUUCCCAGCAGCUUCUUUAAUCUUUGUUGUUUUAUUUUUCACGAGUUCAUUCUUCUCACAAGGCUACAAAGAGAAACUAUCAAGCUGGAGAAUUGACAUCGAUCAGAAUGUGGAAAUUGAGAAAUGCAAGAAACCAGUAAGCUACAUCGAUCAGAAUGUAGAAAUUGAUAAAUGCAAGAACCACUGCAGGCCUAGUGGAAGUGAGGCAUUACCAGCGGGUAUAGUCUGCAGUACUGCGAGUUUGGAUAUGAAACCUUUGUGGGAUCCUCCUCACAUUAAGAAGGGUCAUCACGCAGUAGAUAUUAAGGUAAAUGCAUCAACCAGUUUGUUUGCAAUGGCAGUCGGGAUAAAGCAGAAAGAUCUUGUGAACAAAAUGGUCAAAAAGUUUCUGGCAAGUAAUUUCAUUGUGAUGCUCUUCCACUAUGAUGGUAUUGUGGACGAGUGGAAGGAUUUUGAAUGGAGUUAUCGUGUCAUUCAUGUGUCGGCAAUGGAUCAAAGUAAAUGGUGGUUCGCCAAGCGUUUCUUGCAUCCAGACAUAGUUGCAGAAUAUGAUUAUAUUUUCCUUUGGGAUGAGGACCUAGGAGUCCAAAAUUUCCACCCAGAUAAGUAUGUUUCUAUCAUCAAAAGUGAAGGGCUGGAGAUAUCACAACCAGCACUAGAUCCUAAAAAAUCAGAAGUGCAUCAUCAGAUUACUGCGCGUGGGAGGAGGUCAAAAGUGCACAGAAGGACAUAUAAAGCUAGUAAUGAUGGUAAAGGCUGUGAUCAAAGCAGCACCGCUCCUCCUUGCACCGGGUGGAUAGAAAUGAUGGCUCCUGUUUUCUCAAGAGCUGCAUGGCGUUGUGUUUGGUAUAUGAUUCAGAAUGACUUGAUCCAUGCAUGGGGUCUAGAUAUGCAGCUUGGCUACUGUGCUCAGGGUGAUCGAACACAAAAUGUUGGGGUUGUGGAUGCUGAAUACAUUGUUCACUAUAAUCGUCCCACACUUGGAGGCAUAGAUAAGACUACGGUUUCAUCUGAGGAAAAGGAUCAUAGAGUUGAUGUGAGGAGACUUUCUUACCGGGAAUUAGAUAUUUUUAGAAAACGUUGGGAAAAGGCAGUUGCCAAGGAUGAAUGUUGGGUAGAUCCUUUUCAAUAGCCGCCAUCUCAGGAAUUGGAUUGAUAGUCAAAGUUUUAUGUAAAUUUAAAUUUGUAUAUAAUAUGAUUUAUUUAUUUUUUGUUAAACAAAAAAAAAAUAAACAUCAUUUAUAUAAAGAGAAGCAAACGCAACUGGCAGCUACAGCAAGUGCUGAUUAUGGGUGAGACAGAGAAAGCUUAGAGGAUCUCAAAAUCCUAACAUGACUCCUGGCAUAAAUUUUUAUCUUGAAUAAGCUGGGUGCAUAAAGUGGAAUUUUUAUUUCCUUUUAUUCAACCAGCUUGUUAGAAACUUAUGGGUAGAUAUGAUCAGAGAGUUGUUAGAAA